GCAGCACUGUUGCUGGCUAAUGUUCAUCGCUGUUAUGUCAAGCCUCUCUGGAAUAAAAAGCUGUUGUGGAAACAGGUAAUUUUGCUCAUUAAACUGCCAUUCAUGAGCGCAUCUGGCUUGAUUUAGCAGUCAUGGAUGACAAGGCCUCGGUGGGGAAAAUUAGCGUGUCCUCCGACUCUGUGUCCACCCUCAACAGUGAGGACUUUGUCCUGGUGUCCCGCCUGGAGGACGAGACCCCCUCCGCUAAUAAUGGUAGCGAUGAUGAAAAGACAGGACUGAAGGUGAUUUCUGAGGAAGGGGUCAGCUUUAAGAUCGUGGGCAACGGCAGUGAGCAGCAGUUACAGCAGGAGCUGGAAGAUGUGCUAAUGGACCCUUCAGUAACUGAACUGGUGGGCGGCCUGGACCAUCUGGGAGGGGCCGACCAUGGCUAUCCCACUACAGCUGUGCCACCGCGGUCCGGCCCAAUACCCCCUAAACUUCAGAUAGUGCUGCCUGUUCAGGGAGCUCAGGAGAGUGAACUCAAUGAGAGAUCUUACAGGGAUGAGCCCUCUGACUUGAGUCCCGGGACCCCUGUCCCAGAUGAAGACAGCGUGGUGUUCAGUAAGCUGACGUAUUUAGGCUGUGCGUCAGUGAACGCCCCGCGUAGUGAGGUGGAGGCUCUGCGUAUGGUCAGCAUCCUCCGCAGCCAGUGCCAGAUGCCCCUGGACAUCACCCUCUCUGUGCCCGGAGUCUCAGAGGGCACCGUCAGGCUGUUGGACCCUCAGACCAGCACUGAGAUUGCCAACUACCCCAUUUACAAGAUCCUCUUCUGUGUUCGUGGCCACGACGGCACGCCAGAGAGCGACUGCUUCGCCUUUACCGAGAGCCACUACAACACUGAGAUCUUCCGCAUCCACGUCUUCCGCUGUGAGAUCCAGGAGGCGGUCAGCCGAAUACUCUACAGCUUUGCGACUGCUUUCCGCCGAUCAGCCAAUAAAGCGUCACUCACAGCCAAGGCUCCGCCCCUUACGCCAGACAGCGACGUCUUCACCUUCACCGUCAGUCUGGAGAUCAAAGAGGAUGAUGGGAAGGGCACAUUUAGUGCCGUAUCAAAGGACAAGGACAGACAGAGCUUCAAACUGCGGCCAGGCAUGGACAAAAAGAUUGUGAUCUACGUCCAGCAGAUGUCCAACAAAGAGCUGGCCAUCGAGAGGUGUUUCGGUCUGCUCUUGAGCCCAGGGAAGAACGUCAAGAACAGUGAUAUGCACCUGCUUGACCUGGAAUCAAUGGGCAAGAGUUCUGAUGGGAAGUCUUACAUCAUCACAGGGAGCUGGAAUCCCAACACUCCUCAGUUUCAGGCCGUGAAUGAGGAGACGCCCAAAGAUAAAUUCAUGUACAUGACGACGGCGGUGGACCUGGUGAUCACGGAGGUGGAAGAGCCUGUGCGGUUCCUGCUGGAGACACGGGUUCGAGUGUGCUCACCCAAUGAUAGAUGGCAUCUGAACCUGGCCGUUCGACCCAAACAGCUCCCGGCGCUGGUGCGCAGUGGUGUCCCAGAGGCCUUGAGAGGGGAGGUGUGGCAGUUACUGGCCGGAUGUCAUAACAAUGACCAUCUGGUGGAGGAGUACCGUACACUCAUCACUAAGGAAUCCCCACAGGACAGUGCCAUCACUCGUGACAUUAACCGUACGUUUCCUGCACAUGACUACUUCAAAGACACGGGUGGUGACGGGCAGGACUCUCUCUAUAAGAUCUGUAAGGCAUAUUCUGUGUAUGAUGAAGAAAUCGGUUACUGUCAAGGACAGUCUUUCCUUGCUGCUGUGCUGCUACUACACAUGCCAGAGGAGCAGGCGUUCAGCGUGCUGGUCAAGAUCAUGUUUGAAUACGGUCUCAGGGAGCUCUUCAAGCAGAACUUUGAAGACCUUCACUGCAAGUUCUUCCAGCUGGAGAGACUCAUGCAGGAAUACAUUCCGGACCUGUACGCACACUUCCUGAAUCUGGGUCUGGAAGCACACAUGUACGCCUCCCAGUGGUUCCUCACGCUCUUCACAGCCAAAUUCCCUCUUUACAUGGUCUUUCACAUCAUAGACCUUCUGCUGUGUGAGGGCAUCAGUGUCAUUUUCAACGUGGCCCUUGCAUUAUUGAAGACAUCUAAAGACGACCUGCUGCAGACGGACUUUGAGGGCGCGCUGAAGUUCUUUCGAGUGCCAGUGCCCAAACGCUAUCGCUCGGAGGAGAACGCCAAGAAGCUGAUGGAGCUAGCAUGCAGCAUGAAGAUCAGUCAGAAGAAGCUGAAGAAGUACGAGAAGGAAUACCACACCAUUCGAGAGCAGCAGGAACAGCAGGAGGCGCCCAUCGAGAGAUACGAGAGAGAAAACCGGCGGCUUCAGGAAGCUAACAUGCGUCUGGAGCAAGAAAAUGACGAUUUGGCUCACGAGCUGGUCAGCAGUAAGAUCGCCCUGAGGAAAGACCUGGACAACGCUGAGGAGAAAUCUGACGCACUCAACAAAGAGCUUCUCAUCACUAAACAGAAACUGGUGGAAUCUGAAGAUGAGAAGAGACGACUGGAGGAAGAGUCUGCUCAGCUGAAGGAGAUGUGUCGGAGAGAACUGGAUAAAUCUGAGUCUGAGAUCAAGAAAAACGGCUCCAUCAUUGGAGAAUACAAACAGAUCUGCUCUCAGCUCAGCGAGCGGCUGGAGAAACAGCAGACGGCCAACAGAGGAGAGCUGGAGAAGAUCCAGAUGAAGGUGGAGGGCUGUGAGAAGUGCAGCAUUCUCUUCAGUAAGGAGGGCCGUCUGAAGGUGCUCAGCCCUCCUAAGGAGGGCAGUGAGGAGGAGACAGACGAGGAAAAGGAGGCGCUGAAGAACCAGCUGAGAGAGAUAGAGCUGGAGCUGGCGCAGACCAAGCUACAGCUGGUGGAGGCCGAGUGCAAGAUCCAGGACCUGGAGCAUCAUCUGGGUCUGGCUCUGAACGAAGUCCAAGCCGCCAAAAAGACGUGGUUCAACAGGACAUUAAGCUCCAUCAAGACUGUGACAGGAGCUCAAGGCAAAGAGAGCGUCUAACAAGACACACUUCCAGAGACGAAACACUCCAGCCCCAUCAUCUUCCCCCACCCGGCUCGCCCCCCACAGCUGGAACAGUGCGAACAACUCUCCUUUUGUAUAAACAAAAACCUUCCUUCUAUGGUACCAGCUACCCCAUUUGAAACACAAGACUUUAAUG